UAGGAUUGGACAGGAGAAAAAUUCCUCUCCAGCUCGUCACAGACCCUUACAUGUUUAGUGUGGUCAGUGCGGGACAGUCAGCAUCAGAAAAAGACUGUAACUUCCAGAAAAUGGAGUUUGUUCGAGUUAGUAGGAGUACUAUCCCUUUGCUUCUUUUUACAUUAAGCCUUCUUCUUUCACUAUCUCCUGGACAGCCUAAGGAGAAGAGGAAGGACAGCAACCCUCCACCGUCCACAGGGAUAUGUGAACGCAUCCAGACUCCAGUCUGCCAAGGCUUAUCCUACAGCCACACCGUGAUGCCUAACAUCCUCGGCCAUAAAAACCAAGAAGAAGCUGGUCUGGAGAUUCAUCAGUUUUACCCACUGAUAAAAGUGCAGUGUUCUCAUGACAUGCAGAAGUUCCUUUGCUCUGUCUACUUUCCGGAGUGUGUGAAUGGUUUAGCCAAACCAGUGUGUAGGACCACCUGUGAGUCAGCUAAACAAGGCUGCGUUGCGCUCAUGAACAAGUUUGGCUUCAGUUGGCCAAGUCCACUGGAAUGCGAAUCCUUCUCUACUGAGUCUUGUAAUGAGAGUUUCACUGCUCCUGAAAUCCAAAAGAAACUGGUUGAAAUGGGCCACACUGUUGGAGAUCAAGUUUUGAGUCUUCAGACUGUUCGCAUCUUGGUGUCCCUCAAGGAUGUCGACAGAUCAGGAAAACUGAACGACCAUAAAUUCCAGGAGCUGCAGAGUUACGUCUCAGGUGUCAAGAAUGAAUACCUGAAUUUUCAAAGAGAGAAAAGUGGCGCAGUGGAUGAGAGUCAAAUGAAGAGUGCCCUCACAGCUCAUGACCUGCGGCUGAAUAACCUCAAUUUCAGCUUGCUGUGGGACAGAUACAGCACCGCAGGGCAGAUCAGCUAUGAUGACUUUGUGGCCAUUCUUGGAAGACUGGAGACCCUGAAAGAGCGUUUUAAGUCUCAUCGGAUGACGAAUUUGCCAUGUGACUGUGUGAUGGCUAGCUUUUCCCUGGAUGAUUUCAUCAGGGACACUCUCCUGUGAAGCGUGCUCUGCACAGAUGUUGAGAAAGGAUCCUUGAUCACCUCUGAACCCACUCAAUUUUUAACCCCACUCAAUUUAUAGAAGACACAUAACGGAACUUGAAUCUAUGACCAUAGUUCUUCUAAAAGUAGCAUAGUGGUAUGAAGUGGUAGUUGAUUUGUUUUUUUUUAUAAAUUUUGUACAUGACAAUGAAACAAUAAAGAGAAUAUGUUGGAAACCAAGUUACAGAGAAUUAAAAAACAGAGGAAAGAAAAUGUACAACACUAUCACACCUUGCUUAUAUCUGUUUACUGGUACCACUACUAUACUGAGACCAUAUAAUCAACAAUUAAUAAAUAUUUUUUAAUACUGA